AGCAUGAACAACCUGGCCAUGGCCGUGAGGGGUGUGUGGGUGAUCAUAAACGUCAAGCCACCGCCCACUUAUUGGACUAACGUCUGCCACACGUACAAAGAAGUCACAGGUGCCUGGGAGCUGUAUUUGUACGGUCGUCGUCACUCCCAGGGUGUGCUUGUCACCUCCAGUGGUGCCUCUCCUGGGAAAGUUCGUGGAGGAGGCCACCUCAUCCUCGGCCAGGACCACGACUCCCUCCAGGGAGGCUACCAAGCCGACCAGUCGUACGCAGGGCAGGUGACAGGCCUCUAUGUUUGGGAUAGAGUCCUACAGCCCUGGGAGAUCCAGGAUCAAGCAGUAUGUAAUCUUAAUACCUUCGAUGCAGUCCUCAAGUGGGAGCCAAAUACCUGGGAAUACAAUAACUCCGCCAAAAUAGACACAGCUCCUCGUGAAGAUGUGUGCACCAUCAACGCGACUUCCCAUGUGCUUGUUUCAGACCCUUUAAACUUUGACAAAGCGACGAGGUUGUGUCUCUCUCUCUCCAGCAGCGUGGUGGUCCCCUCUGGCACUUCCCAGAACGCCGCUAUUUUGAACCUCUCUUCUGGGGAGAGUCGGUGCAUGGGUAAGGGAGACAAUCUUAUUUGGCUGGGAGUCACGGACGAAAACAGUGAGUCCUUGUGGCACAGUAAGGCCACCGGUGAUGCUAUAACCUACUCCAACUGGAAGACUGGAUCACCCAACGGGGGAAACAUAGAAAACUGCGCCGUGUUACUCUCCGGGGAAUUUGCAGGAUUUUGGGCUGACUUAAGUUGUACUGUUAAUUACAACUACUGUUUCGUGUGUCAGAGUGCUGGUCCCGUCACUCUGACACUACGUGGACUCUGCCCUCUACUUCCUUAUGACUCGCACUACGUCAUCUAUGGUUAUAAACGCUCGAGGCCGUUCUUCAGAGGCUACACUGGCACAAACCUCACCUGGGAUGGCAAAGAGUGGCUGCUGGAACACCCCAACCGUGCUGCCAAGAGUAGUCUGAUUCCCCCGGCUUCCAUGAACUUCCCGGUGGGUCGGAGGGAGUGGGUGGUGAGUGGGGGAGGUUGUACUGACGCCCAGAACACCACUCAGCUCACCCUCACGCUCACCACUUGCAACAGUCAACAGUUUACUUGUGGGGACGGCACCUGCUUACCUAUGGCGCAGAGGUGUAACUUUCAGACAGACUGCCAUGACGAGACGGACGAGGAGAACUGUCGUACUGUGGUCUUCCCGCCGAGCUACAAGAAGAACAUCCCCCCGCCGCACUCACCAGGACCUCUUCCCGUUCAGAUCCAGAUCUCCGUGCUGGCGCUGGACAUCAACACGGUUGAUAUGCAGUUGACACUGGACAUGUUAGUGAGGCUACAGUGGGCCGACCCUCGCCUCCUCUACCACAACCUAAAAGUGGACAACGUUCUCAACACACUCACUCUCCAAGACCUCCUGCGUCUCUGGUCACCACAGGUCACCACAAGUCAGUUGGUCCAUCUCUGGUCAUCACAGGUCACCACAGGUCAGUUGGCCCAUCUCUUGUCAUCACAGGUCACCACAGUGGACAUCUACGAGGGGAAGGAGAACCCCGUCCAGCUGCGGCGCAAGUACUCGGUCAGAUACGUCUGCAACUUCGACCUGUCUAUGUAUCCCUUCGACAAGCAGGAAUGUCAUCUUGUGUUCACCUUAACGUCAGCACCUCGUCAGUACUUGACUCUGAGACAGCUGCACGAGCAAGGCGUCGCCUUCCUCGGAUCCAAGGAACUUAUCGAGUACACCAUAGAGAAGGUUACCAUGGCGACCAGCAACUCCAGCGACGACCUCUACAGUGUCCAGAUGGUGACCAUCGGGUUCCGUAGGCGUUAUGGUUACUAUGUUCUCACCACCUACAUCCCCUCCAUCUUCUUCGUCUGUAUCGCUUACCUCACUACCUACUUCAAGCUCUCCAACUUCCAGGUGCGCGCUAUUGUGUCUCUAACAUCAAUGCUGGUGUUGACGACGCUCUUCAGCCAGACAUCAUCACAGCUGCCCAGGACUUCCUACUUCAAGAUGAUCGAUAUCUGGAUGUUUGGCGCCAUUGGGUGUAUCUUCAGCAUCAUCGUCACCCAGACCGUCGUCGAUUUUAUCCAUGAACCAAACGAACCGCAGAAGGUCGUCCCCAUCAAGGUCCAGGAAGGAGGGAUGCGAGUGACUAAGGAGAGUUCGACCAAGCAGUCCGGUGGAUGGCGUCCCCGAGGCCAGGUGUCAAGAGCAGCCACCCUCAUGUACUGGGCUCGCGUCAUCUUCCCCAUCCUCCUCUCGAUCUUCAUAUUCUCCUACGUCACUUUCAUCGCCGCCCAAGGCUGAACCACAUCAGUAUAUAUGGUGUCCCUAAUCAACACGUAAUCCGGAGGUCAUUCACACAGUAGAUAAUUAUCAUUCUCCAAUCUUUACUAAUCUUUACUAGUCUUUCGAGACCUCUCGGUGUUGUCUACGUGAAGUGAGAUGUUUAUACCACAUUUAUUAUUUACAGAAGAAAUGUAAUGUAUAACAUAAUGUGUCUCAUCAAAACUCAUUACGGAAAUUGUUUAAUACGCACUUUGAUACAAUCCUGGAACUUGGGGUUUUUCUGUCUGAUUCCCUCUCUUUUACCACCGUUUGUGGGGAAAACAUUGCAUAAAGAAUUUACACGGAAGAAAUUGAAAAAAUAGAGGAAACUGUCAUGGGAAAAAAUUCACUAGAAAAAGUCACAAACCUAACCAAAAUGGACCUAACCUAACCUAACCUAACCUAGGCUAAGUUAGAUAUAUAUCUUAAGUGUAACUCCCAGCAAAUCAGUUACAUUAGGUUAGGUUAGGUUAGGUUAGGUUAGGUUACGUUACGUUACGUUAGGUUACGUUACGUUAGAUUAGGUUAGGGAAAAAACACUUGGAAAAUGUUCCCCUCAAUUUUUGCCUGUGGAGGUAGAUGUCAUUUAUUAAAAGUAAUGAUAGAGUAGUUU